AUGCCAGGAGAAACAGAGACAGAUAUACCAGCCACUGGUGCUGUAUUUACCUUUGGAAAGAGUACAAUAGCAGGCAAUGUGCCCAGCAGGUUAUGGCUGAAGAAUGACACACCUGUGCAAAUCUCAUGUGGACAGUCACACUCUGCCUUUGUAACAGAGCAGGGCCGUUUGUUUGUGUUUGGAAGUAAUAGCAGAGGUCAGCUUGGUCUAGUAACCAAAGGACCAGCAACUAAACCCAUCUGUGUAAAAGCUCUUAAAGUGGAGAGAAUUCAGUUUGUUGCCUGUGGGACUGAUCACACACUUGUAAGCACCUUACAAGGAGAGGUUUUUGCAACUGGAGGAAACAGUGAUGGACAGUUAGGAUUAGGUCACUGUAAUGACAGCAUCUCUUUCCAGCGGCUCCACCCCUUCUGUGACUCUGCUCCAAUCAGACUGCUCUCUGCUGGUAACCACACCUCUGCUGUGCUCACAGAGGAUGGCAGGCUGUUUCUGUGGGGUGAUAACUCAGUUGGUCAGCUUGGUCUGGGAAAUGACAGUCAUGCCUUAUUACCUAAAGAGCUGAAAUUGGGACAGCCAGUUCAGUGGGUUUCAUGUGGAUACAGACACUCAGCUCUGGUCACAAAUAAUGGAGAUGUUUUCACUUUUGGGGAGAGUGCAGAUGGAAGACUGGGUCUCUCUGCUGAUCAGCUGGCCAAUCACAAUUAUCCUCAGCGAGUAGAUUCUCUGCAAAGGGUUCUGCAGGUGGCAUGUGGAGGCAAGCACACACUAGCCCUCACAGAGGAUGAGUUAUAUUCAUGUGGCCGUGGGGAGUUUGGGCAAUUGGGGUUGGGAACACUUGUGUUUGAAGCAGACUCACCUGUUGCUGUCGGCCACUUCAGGAAAGGCAGGGUCACUUAUGUCACAUGUGGUGAAAACCACAGUGCACUCAUAACAGAUAGUGGACUUCUUUACACAUUUGGAGAUGGUCGUCAUGGAAAGUUAGGCCAUGGAGAUGAGAACUUCACCAAUCAAUUUAGUCCAACUGUAUGCCAGAGGUUCUUUGAUUACUAUGCAAUGACUGUGGCUUGUGGUUCCAGUCACACACUGGUUUUUGCACGGCCAAGGCAACAGGAAAGUGAGGAUGUUUGUUUAGAGGAUGAAGACGUGACCUACUUUUACCUGGACAGGUGUUUUAACUCAAUGUUGCAGGGGCAACCAUUAGAGCACAUUCCAGAACCUGCUCUGAUCUCACAGCCUGCAUUUCUUGCUGCAUCUCUUCCAAGCUCUCACCGUUGGAGUCUAUCAACACGCUCCAGACGGAGACAGAGGGAGAGCUCAUCUGCACAGUUUGGCCCAGAAUUUCUUAAUAUUCCUCCACUUACAACUAGCUUUACAACACUAUCGCUGACAGGCGACAUCCUACAACCCAGAUCUUUAACAGACACUCCUAAACACUUCAAAACUGAUGCCUCUAAAGAAUUUUCUUCUACCUCAGUCACACAACCUGCCAAAUAUGAUUUUAGCAGCCCAGCCAGGACACCACCAUUCUCACCUGUCAGUAAGAGCGCAAGGUACAUCCACAAUGUUGGAACUGCUGAAAACAGCAUGUCAGACAAGAAACAGAAUGAAAAAGAGAUGGCAAGACUGUCUUCUGUUGGAAGGGUGGAGACAAGAGCAGAGAAUGCACCUCAGCAGACUCUGCCUACUGAACUACAGACUGGUUCUGUUUCCCAUCAGUCACUGACAGAAUCUCUACCUCCAAGCAAUCGAAAAUGCAGGAAACGCAGGUCAGGAGAUCCAGGGAAUACCAUGAUGAAGGAACAUCUUUCUGUUACUACAGCAUCACAAAGUGAAACAGAAUCCAAAAUAUACAAAAAACCUACCCAGAUUAAAAAUAAUAAAUCUAAAGGUCAACCUGUAGUGGUCAAAUCAUCUCCAGAUAGAAUGUUAGCUCAAGACAGGGAGAAAAGCAAUGAAACACCCAGCACUAAUACUGACACAAGGGGCACAAUUGCAAAAGACGUGGGUUCAACAAAAGUUAAAGACCGAAAAGCCACUACUCUUGGGAAGAUUAAACCACACAUCAAGUCAAGUCCAGUUAAAAUUCAAGACACAAGCUCUCUGGCAGUUGAUCAAAAAGAGACCAAGUCUGAUCCAGUGCAAACUGAGCAAGUUAAAACAACCCCUACAAAAGUUCAAGAGGUGAAAUCCCCCUAUAAAUUCAAAGAGGUUGGUAGUCCAGUAAAAGCAAUAAAAAGGGUCAGGCCACCAAUCAAAGUUCAAGAUGUGCUGUACGGCGCCAAAGAAGAUGGAGAGGUUGAAUCAACACCUUGCACAGAUGCUCAAAGAGACGUCAAACCCUCCCUUGGAAAGUCUCAAGAGGUCAGAUCAACACUGAUCAACAUACGAGAACAAGGAAACACCACAACAGUCAAAAUUCCAGCUAAAAUCCAAAACGCUCCUGAAAAAGGGAAAGGAAAGAAUGAUGUUGACACAAAAGAAAACACUGGUGCAUUUACACCAAAGAAAGCAAAAACGCCUAGCCCUCUAUCGGUUUCCAUACCCAAACAAAGAGAGGGUAAGGCUUGGGGAGAGGGGGCUCGAGGAAUGUCUAAAGCAAAAAAAAGAAAACCUGUGGAAGCUGAGAACUUCCAGCUUAGACCUGGAGAACUGGGACAAGAAACUACAGGAGUCAAAAGACAAAACGAUAAUGUCACACUUAAGGACUCCAAUAUUUAUUUUCCCCUAAUAGAAAACAGGCAGUCAUCCAGUAAUACACCAGCUACAGAAAAAUCGCAAUCAGCUUCCAAUUUGCAGUUUGACCAUAAAAAGAGCCAGUCAUCCACCAAUAAAGCACUUAAUGAACAGAAACAAGGAUUUCCAUCUAUUAAAACUUUAGCUUCAGAGAGAAGCCACUCAUUUUCCGGUCUAUGGUCAAAUAACCAAUCAGCAACCAAUGAAUCUUCCACCUCAAAAGAAACCGAAUCAUCAUUUGGUAAACUGCUGAGCCCAUCUAGUUCAUUACCACAACACAGGCAGUCACCACUAAAAGAAAAUAAAUUAGCUAUAAAAACAGUUGAAUCUGAACCAGUGUUGGUAACAGAGACCUCACAGUCUGUCAGGAAGCCACAAGCUGAGCAAAGCAUUAUGGGUAGUGUAGUUUCAUCACUACCAAGCUUGGCUUUAGCUAGCGGAGCACCACUACUGAUAAAAGCAGCUGAUGUGCUUUCUGAAACUUCUAACAUCAGUACUGCACUAGAACAAUCUGCUUCAAUCCCCCAGGAAACAACAGGAAACAAUAUCCAGAAAGGCACAGUUCAGGAUGUAUCAGCAAUCAGUGAGAAUCAGGAAACAGGUGACAGCAGCACUAAAAAGCAGAGUGAGAGCACAAAAGGUCAUCCUGAGGGUGGUGAAGACAGGCUAGUUUCAGAUGAAAAGGAAAUGUUGGAGUGUGGUAAUGCAGAAAGAGAGGACGAGGAAGAUGAGAAAGACAGUGAGAUGGGAGAGGAAAAGAGAGAUGAAGAAGAGAAUUUUGCUAAGGAAGAAGAUGAAAGUGAGGGGGGUGGGCAGGAAAAGCAGAACAGCCCUGUUGAAGAGGCAGAGGAAGGAGAGAGUGUGAAUGAUGGGAAUAGUAGAGAUGGAGAGAGUGCUGAAAAAGGAUUGGAGGAAGGUAAGGAAGAGGAGGGAGAAGAAGAGGAAAAUGGAGCAGCAGGAGAUGAAGAGGGUGACAGUGAUACCGGACAAAGCAGUAACAGUGGGAAGGAAAAGAGUGAAGGAGAGGGGAGUGGAGAUAGUGAGGUUACAAGUGAAGAUAACGAGGAUGGAGAUGGAGAAGAAGACAUAGAGGAGAGUGAGAUACAAGAGAGUGGGAAUAAUGACAGUACAGAGAAAAAAGAAGAGGGGGAGAAAGGAGAAGCUGAGAGUGAGGAGGAGAAAGACAAGGAGUGUGGUGGUGAAGAGGAGGAAGAAAGGGAUGAAAAGGAAAGCUGGGAUGAAGGGAGUGAAAGAGAGGUAGAAGAUGAUGAGACCAAAGAGAAAACAGAUGUAGAGAAAGAGCAGGAAGGAGAGAGCAGUAAUGAUCAGUCAGGACAGGAGGAGGAGAAAAUGGAACGAGGGAAGGAAUCUGAUAAUGAGGAUGAAGAAAACAAAGAAGGAUCAGAUGAAGAGGAAGAGAAAGGAGAGAGUGAAGAAAAGGAGGAUGGGAGUGAGAUAGAGGAGGAAGAGUAUGAGACAGGUGAGGAGGAAGAGGAGGAAAAAGUGAAGUCUGAAGGAGGGAGUAAUGGAGAGGAGGAAGCAGAGGAAGGAGGUGGAGAGGAGGAAGAUGAAGUGAGUGAGGAAGACAGUGAGGUAGGAAAUGAAGUUGAGAAGGAAAUUCAAGAGGAGGAAAGUGAUCAUGAACAGGAGGAAGAAGAAAAUGGAGACCAGGCAAAUGAGGAAGAAGAGAAUGAGGAAGAGGAAAACGAAGAAGAGGAGAAUGGAAUGGAUGAAGAGGAAAAUAAUGAACAACUAAAGGACAGGAAAGGUGAAGAAGAUGAGGAGGAGGGUGUGGAGGAAGAAGAAGAGGAGAGUGAUAUAGAUGAGGAAGAGGAGGUUGAGGAAGAGGAAGAUGAGGCCACAAAAGGGCAAAGAGAGAAGAUUGAGUAUUCUAAAAGUGUGACUAAGAAACCAGCAAAUGCCAAAGACUCACAGGGGCAUGAAAAUGUGAAUGCUGAAAAUGAGGAAAAAGAGAGACAGAAAACAGCAGAGGGAAAUGAAGACAGUGAAAGACAGGAAUUGGGUGAAAAGAUUGAGGUACAUGAUGGAGGAAAAGAAGAGGGCGAAUGGAAAAUAGAUGCAAGUGAAGAAGAGGGGGAGGAAGGAGAAGCUGAGAGUGAGGAGGAUAAAGACAAGGAGAGCGGUGAUGAAGAGGAGGAAGAAAGGGAUGAAGGGAGUGAGAGAGAAGUAGAAGACGAUGAGACCAAAGAGAAAACAGAUGUAGUGGAAGAGCAGGAAGGAGAGAGCAGUAAUGAUCAGUCAGGACAGGAGGAGGAGAAAAUGGAACAAGGGAAGGAAUCUGAUAAUGAGGAUGAAGAAAACAAAGAAGGCUCAGAUGACGAGGAAGAGAAAGGAGAGAAUGAAGAGGAGGAGGAUGGGAGUGAGGAAGAGGAGGAAGAGUAUGAGACAGAAGAGGAGGAACAAGUGAAGUCUGAAGGAGGGAGUAACGGAAAGGAGGAAGCAGAUGAAGGAGAUGGAGAGGAGGAUGAUGAAGAGAGUGAGGAAGAUGAUGAGGUAGGAAAUGAAGUUGAGAAGGAAAAUCAAGAGGAGGAAAGUGAUCAUGAAGAGGAGGAAGAAGAAAAUGGAGACCAGGCAAACGAGGAAGAAGAGAAUGAGGAAGAGGAAAAUGGAAUGGAUGAAGAGGAAAAUAAUGAACAACUAAAGGAAAGGAAAAGUGAAGAAGAUGAGGAGGAAUGUGUGGAGGAGGGAGAAGAGGAGAGUGAGAUAGAUGAGGAAGAGGAGGUUGAGGAAGAGGAAGAAGAGGCCACAAAAGGGCAAAGAGAGAAGAAUGAAUAUGCUAAAAGUGUGACUAAGGAACCAGCAAAUGCCAAAGACUCACAGGGGCAUGAAAAAGUGAAUGCUGAAAAAGAGAGACAUAAAAGAGCAGAGGGAAGUAAAGACAGGGAAAGACAGGAAUUGAGUGAAAAGAUUGAGGUAAUGGACAGUGUAGAUGAAGAACAUCAAGGAGACAAGCUGAAUGAAAUGAUGGAAGAACAUGAAGAGGAAAAAAGAGGAAGUGAGGAAGAAGUAGAUGAAGAGGAGGAAGAAACAGAGCAGAAAGUAGAGAAUAUAACAGCAGAGAAAAAUGGGAGUAAGCAGAGGGCAAAUUAUGAACAGGAAGAAGAGAGUGAGGAAGAAGAGGAGGAUGGUGAAGAGGAAGAAAGUGAGGAGGAAGAAGAGGAGGAAGAGGAGAAAGAAAGUGAUGAAGAAGAGGAGGAAGAAGAAGAAAGGAUUGAACAAAGGAGAGCACCAAAACAGAGCAUCAAACCGAAAGCAUUGUCUGUGGACAGACAGGGCAUCAGACAGACAAUUGCACAGAGAGACAGAGAGAAGACUGUAAAAAGAGAUCAACAGAAUCUUCAGGGGAAGAAGCAAACAGCUAGUGGUGCUCAGGACCCUCAGUUCUGGAACAAUGUCUUACCACAGUAUCUAAACCUUAAAUGAUCCCAAUGGGAAAAAGUGUUUCUUAAAGGUGUUUCAUAAAGGCCAGUGAACUCAAAUUAACCGGCCUAUAUUCACAGUUCUUGAAACUGUGCUUCAUAAAAUUUGGUGGAUGGGUGGAUGAGAUGGCCGUAAACAAGAUAAAUGAGCAUCAAAAAAUGGUUUAUGAAAAAAGAUUCUAUAUACAGUAUACAGUAUCUUUAAUUUAGUAUGAUAUACAGCUUUAACCAAGAGGUCAUUUCUCACUUCAAGUGACUGAACUUAUUCCAUACUUAUUCAAUUAUGGAUUAUCAUAAUCUUUAUUUCAAUGUUUAGAGCAAAGAUUUAUUUAUUAAAGAUUUGUUAAGUA